AUGGAGAUAUCACCAGCAAGUCUAACCCCACGACCAAGAUCAAGGUCAAGAACGAGAAACUCGACCGCCAAUUCAAGGUCUACCUCAGCAACGAGAAGGCCGAGUUUGUCGGGGUCAAGAAGGUCGUUAUCAAGCUCUUCCUUGAACAAAUUGACCAUCACACCAACGCAAAUUGACGAUGAACGGUCGGUACCAUCAGUGCAAGCUAUUUUGGAUAAUUCAUUGCCUGCUGAUUUUUUCAAGCAAGAUAUUGCAGCUUUGGCUAAAGCAUUGAGGAUCCAUAAAUGGCAUAAACGAAACUUGAACAUACACAGACUUAGAAUUACAAGAAUUUCUGGGGCUUUAACCAAUUCAAUUUACAAAAUCGACUAUGAUGAUGACGAGCAAGAUAUCCAUUUGCCUUCAUUAUUGUUAAGAGUAUAUGGAAAGAACGUCGACGAGUUGAUAGAUAGAGAUAACGAGCUAGUUACAUUGAUUAAGCUAUCGCAAAAGCGAAUUGGCCCUAGGUUGUUGGGAAUAUUUACAAACGGAAGAUUUGAACAGUUUUUAGAUGGAUUUGUCACUUUAACAAAAGAUCAAAUAAGGGACCAAGUUAUUUCGCAAAUGAUUGGUAGAAGAAUGAAAGAUUUGCAUUACAAGGUUGAAUUAACUAAUGAGGAGUUACAAGCCACUGUACCCACUUGCUGGAGAUUGAUUGAAAAAUGGCUCAAAAUCUUUGAAACUGAAUAUAAGCCGGGUUACGAGAAGGCAAAUAUCGACCUCAAAGAUAUUUUUAUGAUGGAAUUUGAUGAGUUUAAAGAGCUUGUGUUCAAGUACAAGCAGUGGUUGUUUAAAAAGUACGACGAGGAAGGUUUUUCUUCAAACUACAAAUUUUGCCAUAACGACACUCAGUAUGGUAACUUGCUUCUCCAUCAAUCGUUUAAUCCAAAAGAAAUUGUUCUCGACACGCCAAAUGGAUCGAGUACAAAUUUACCCGAGGUUGCCAUCAAGUCGACUUCUAAUAAAAAGGAUUCAAACUUGGUGGUGAUAGAUUUUGAAUAUUCAGGACCAAAUUUCCCUGCAUUUGACAUUGUAAACCAUUUCAGUGAAUGGAUGUCCAACUAUCACGACCCGGAAAGGUCAUAUUUCAUCAACAACGAGGCUUUUCCUACCCAAGUGGAGCAAUUGAAUUUUAUCAAAGCUUAUAUUGAAUAUGAUUUUCAAUUGCCGUCAUCGAACUUGGUGUCGGCAAAAUCAGACGAGGAGCUUUUGAACAAUACGAAUAACCACGCUGUCGGCAUUAUUCAGUAUGAAAUUGAAAAGAUGUUUAAUGAGUGUAUCUACUGGCGGUCAUCGGUCCAAAUUUUCUGGGCUCUUUGGGGAUUGAUCCAAAAUGGUCCUAUUGAACCAAGACCAGAGUUGAGCAGUCAAGAAAGUGAAAAAGGUGUUGACAGUACAUACAGUAUCACCGUUGAGAUGGAAAAGUUUGGACUUCAAGAUUUAGAUCUAACUGCUGGCGAUGCUAUAACUUCUAGUGAUGACGAUUUUGAUUACUUGAAAUAUAGUAACCAAAAAAUAGCAAUCGUUGCUGGUGACACUAUACAAUUUGGAUUACUUGAUAAGGGUAAUGUUGAUUCGAAGUUCCACGAUAGUAUCAAGUACUUAAGUUCAAAGACUUAUGACUUGUAA